AUGUCCUUGACCAGGCUGCGGCCUCCCCAACCGUCGCUCCUUUUUACGCGUGUACGGGCACCUGUUACAUUCUGCAAGCAGACACGGAGCGCGUCCGCACAACCCCAUCACAGAAGCUAUGAUGUCGUCGUCGUGGGUUCCGGCUGUGCUGGACUCAGCGCCGCCAUUGUGGCAGCGAAGCAUGGGUUGAAGGUUCUUGUUGCGGAAAAGAGCAACUAUUUUGGAGGCACCACUGCGUUCUCGUUUGGCGGAGCAUGGAUCCCCGUGAACAAAUACCAGAAGGCGCUCGGAAUCGAAGACAAUGCCCAAAAGGCCGAUGGGUACAUUCGGCUGGUUCUGGGAGACCUGUACAACGAGAAGAAAAUUAAGGCGUUCUUGUCCAGCGCUCCGGAAAUGGUGGAGUGGAUGGAGGCCAAUUCUGCCAUGCAGUUUGCGCCCAUGCCUAUCCCCGAUUAUCAUGUUGCGAAAGAAGGAGCUUCUGUUGGCCGAACAGUCUCGGUCGAGGCCUUUGACGGACGACUCCUAGGUCGGCAAACCCUCAGGGACGUGAGGUAUACUCUCCAGGGCUUUCAUGCCUUUGGCUCCAUGCAAGCCAGACCAUGGGACAUUCCGGCCUUGACCCACCCCUUUGGCAGUUGGAACAACUUUCGUUUUGCGACAAGCAAAGUCGUCAGAUAUGUGUUUGACGUGCUGCGGUAUGGCAAAGGGUCCGAGUUAUGCAAUGGCAACGCAAUGGUCGGUCGUUUACUGUACGCCUGCAAACAAGAGGGUGUCGACCUGCGCACGAACUCCCCGGUCCUGAAAACAGUGCUCGACGACAAAAGGAGAGUCAGCGGCGUUGUCAUCGGACUGGGCGAUAGCGGCGCUACGGAGCAAAUAAACGUCAAGAGGGGCGUGGUGCUCGCUAGCGGAGGAUUCGGCCGGUCCAAAGACGCCAGGAAAUAUCUACCUCAUGACUGGUCAGCCUGUCCCAAGCACAACGUGGGCGACGGAAACCGCAUCGGCGUUGAAAGCGGCGCAGUGAUGCCUCCGCCAAAUCCAGACAACGGAAUCUACGCGCCACUCUCUCUCAUGCGCAAGAAGACGAAAAACGGCAUUCAGAUCCGGCGAUAUCCACACUUUUCCCAAGACAGAACCAAACCAGGGGCCAUCAUCGUUGGACAAGAUGGAAGGCGUUUUGCCAAUGAAUCGGGGCCAUAUCAAGAGUUUGUCAAGGAGAUGCACGCGAAGGGCAUCGACAAGGCAUAUUUGAUCGCCGAUCGGACGUUUUUGCGCAAGUACGGCAUAGGCAUGGGCUUACCGGCACCAUAUCCCGUUCGACACUUGAUUCGAAACGAUUAUAUCAUCGAGGCUCCUGAUCUUCAGACGCUUGCCGCCAAGAUUGGUGUACCUAUCGACGCCCUGUCUCAGACAGUCUCGAACUGCAACAAAUAUGCCACCGAAGGGAAAGACCCCGAAUUUCACCGCGGAGAGAACGCUUAUGAUCUGAUGCUUGGAGAUCCCUCCAUAGGGCUGCCAAAUCCUACUCUGGGGUUUUGUAAGAAAGCACCUUUCUAUGCGCUGGCACUUUACCCGGGCAAUGUCAGCACGGUAUAUGGCCUUUCCACGGAUGAAAAUGCCCAGUGCCUUGAUAAAGAGGGCAAGCCGGUCCCAGGUCUCUACGCCGUGGGCCUCGACCAGAACUCGGUCAUGCGUGGCACCUAUCCUGGGGGAGGGUCCAGCAUUGGGCCAGCGUUGACCUUUGGAUAUCGCGCGGGAAUGCACAUAGCCGAGAAGAUAUAAUAUUACUGUCUGGGAUGCUGCAGUGGCCCAGUGGGUGGGUACACAAUGAGUUUCAGCUCACACCGAUACCGAUGCAUCAUAGGAAAGAGUCUCAUGAAAACUACAU